CCCGCUUGCUCGCGCUCUGUUCUGCCUCUUUCCUUUUCUCCCUCAUGGUAGGGCCAUGCGUCAGUUGCCGAAAGGUGGGGACAUUUCCUGGCACAUUUGCAACACUGAUAAGUCGUCUCGGGGAGGCUGGGCCGCAUCCCGGCGCCAGGCCUGGACGGUGGACACCCGGGGGCCCGGGGCAGCCUCUCCUCUCCUCCCGACAGCCCUCCCGGUCCCCCCACCAUGUCCCUGGCGGAGGCCAUCAGCCUCUGGAAUGAAGGGGUGCUGGCGGCCGACAAGAAGGACUGGCAGGGCGCGCUGGGCGCCUUCAGCGCGGUGCAGGACCCCCACUCCCGGAUCUGCUUCAACAUCGGCUGCAUGCACGCCAUCCUGGGCGACAGGCCCGCCGCGGAGAGGGCCUUUACCAGAAGCAUUAACCAAGACAAGCACUUGGCGGUCGCUUACUUCCAGCGCGGGAUGCUCUACUACCGGAUGGAGAAAUACGACUCAGCCAUCAAAGACCUUAAAGAGGCCUUGACUCAGCUGCGCGGGAACCAGCUCAUAGACUACAAGAUCCUGGGGCUGCAGUUCAAGCUGUUCGCCUGUGAGGUGUUAUACAACAUUGCUUUCAUGUACGCCAAGAAGGAGGAAUGGAAAAAGGCUGAAGAACAGUUAGCAUUGGCUUCGAGCAUGAAGUCCGAGCCCAGACAUUCCAAAAUCGACAAGGCCAUGGAGUGUGUCUGGAAGCAGAAGCUGUACGAGCCGGUGGUGAUCCCAGUGGGCAGGCUGUUCCGACCAAACGAGCGACAGGUGGCCCAGCUGGCCAAGAAGGACUACCUGGGCAAGGCUACGGUGGUGGCGUCUGUGGUGGAUCAAGACAGUUUCUCCGGGUUCGCCCCUCUGCAGCCACAGGCAGCCGAGCCUCCACCCAGACCCAAAACCCCAGAGAUCUUCAGGGCUCUGGAAGGGGAGGCUCACCGCGUGCUGUUCGGGUUUGUGCCCGAGACAAAGGAGGAGCUCCAGGUCAUGCCGGGGAACAUUGUCUUUGUGCUGAAGAAGGGCAACGAUAACUGGGCCACCGUCAUGUUCAAUGGGCAGAAGGGGCUCGUGCCCUGCAACUACCUGGAACCUGUUGAGCUGCGCAUCCAUCCUCAGCAGCAGCCCCAGGAGGACAGCUCCCCGGAGCCUGACAUCCCAGCUCCUCCUAGCUCCAGUGCCCCGGGAAGACCCCAGCCGUCACCAGGUCAGAGACAAAAAGAAGAGCUCAAGGACGUGAAGCUCAGCAUCCCGGUGCCCUACACGCUCAAGGUGCACUACAAGUACACGGUGGUCAUGGAGACGCAGCCUGGCCUCCCCUACAGCCAGGUCCGGAACAUGGUGGCUAAGAAACUGGAGCUCCUUCCAGAACACACGAAGCUGAGCUAUCGGCCUCGGGACAGCAACGAGCUGGUGCUGCUUGCAGAAGGUAACAUGAAGGAUGCCUGGGGCCAGGUGAAAAACUACUGCCUGACUCUGUGGUGUGAGAACACCGUGGGUGACCAAGGCUUUCCGGAUGAACCCAAGGAAACAGAAAAAUCCGAUGCUAAUAACCAUCCAACAGCAGCUCAGCUUAAGGAAGGGACCCAAGUGGUAGCACUCUUCAGUUAUGAGGCCACUCAACCAGAGGACCUGGAAUUUGCGGAAGGGGAUGUAAUCCUGGUGCUAUCAAAGGUGAAUGAAGAAUGGCUGGAAGGGGAGUGCAAAGGGAAGUUUGGCAUUUUCCCCAAAGCUUUUGUUGAAGAAUGUGCAACUACAGGUUUGAAAACCUCUCCUAGAGAAGUCUAGGAUGUUUCACAACCUACAAAGUCAAACAAAAGGAAUCUUUUCUUUCCAAGAUUUAGCACAUCUCUGCUGUACAAUGUACCUGGACAUUAUAGUUUUGAAGUGUUAACCUAAAUGUUCCCUGUUAAAAUUUAACCUAUCAGACAAUGAUGUGAGGACCCAGGAUGAUGUUUCCUGGGGUACAGUAGGCAGCGGAGUUGUGGGGAGGAGGAGUGAGUAGAAGUAUCUGAAGGGUCUUCUAGGGUGUUGAUAAUCUGUUUCUUGUUCUGAGUGCUGGCUACCCAGAUGCAGCCACAUUGUAAAACUUCCCUGAGCCAUAUACUUAUGAUUGAUGCACUUCUCCAUGUGAUACCUCAAAAAAAAACUUAAAUCUUACAAAAACAAAACAAGACACCAAGAGUCCAGACCCAAGAGCUAAGUAUAAACAUUCCAGUUCCUGUACCAUACUAUUGCAGACUCUUAUAAGGCUUAAAGUAACCUUAUAGUAAUUCAGAAGGCAUAGACAUAUAAAAUACUGUUUUCUUUUUUUUCAUUAAGUCUCAUUCCUUACAUAGAACCUGGACUGAGUUAAGUUCUCAUGGAAUAUAACAUUCAAUUCCACAGGGAAUUAAAAUACUAGAAUUAUAUCUCUUUAUGCCUUCUCACAGAGGAACAUUUGUUAAGAUUUCAAUAUUGCAUAUAUGCCAUUAACACGUAAGUGAUGAGAAGCUGUUCAGGAAGUCAGUUGAUUAAUAACUAAUCCUAUUAAGUUAUUAUAAUACAGUCCCUGAAUGACAAGGACAGAAAUGUGUAGUUGUGUGAACAUCACAGAACACAGCUAUAUAAACCUUGAUGGUACAGCCUACUACACAUCUAUAUAGCAUAGCCUGUUGCUCUCAAGCUACAAAUGUGCACAGCACGUUACAGUACCGAAUACUGUAGGCAAUUGUAACACCAUUAUCAAGAAUUUGUGUAUCUAAACAUAGAUAGAAUGCUGUGGUUUUACUUGGUUAUCGUUUAACCCAAUGAUCCAGGUUUUUAGGGUUAACUUGAGUGAAUGAUUCCAUGGAUACUAGACCUGAAUACCUGGCUUUAAUUCCCCUUCCUCCCUUCUUCUUGAGAGUACGUGUAGCUUUACUAACAAUUGUUUAAGUGCGUAGGUGCUUGUGAAAAGCAGAGUUAGGAAGUGAACUGCAGACUGAAUCAACACUUAGGUGAACGGACAGCUGAUCAGCGUGAGCACACAGACCUCACGGUGAGCUACAGCACUGGCUUACACCAGCACAAUUGAAGGUCCAGCAAGCUACAAUUGAGGACUUCAGACUCACCUCGAAGAAACGCAACCCAAAGCUAAGAACAGCAUAUACUGUUAACUGCUAAUCAGAUUUAUUGAAUUUUAUAGGCCAAAGGAUAAACUAUCUCUGAACUGCCUCAUUAACAGCUACAAUAGGGAUAAAAGUAGUGGGAUAUUAACUCCUUAACAUAUACCAUGCUUUAUUAAAAAAUUUUGAUAGUUUCUUCCUACUCACCCCUUUCCAUAAUAACUCAUUGGUCUGGAAUGCUAAUAAAAAGCAAAAAUAACCCCAAAACAUAUUCAAGUUCUGAUCAUCUUUGCUUUAUAACUAGUGAGUAGUUGAAAUUCUUGCCUUUAAGUUGGAUUUUCUUGAAUACUGUAUCUUUUAGGAUAGAAAAUAAAUAAUCUAUACACAGAUCUGGUUGGAGAGAACAUGGUUUAAUUAAAGGCAAAGCUGAUUUUCAGCAGCUGCAGGUCUUGCACAGACAGACAAAACAAAACAUGACAAAAAAAAAAAAAA